AUGGCUCCCAUGAGUCUCCCUCCCGGUUUCAGGUUCCAUCCAACAGAUGAGGAACUCGUUGCUUACUAUCUAGAUCGAAAGAUUAGUGGCCGAACGAUUGAGCUUGAAAUAAUUCCUGAAGUCGAUCUCUAUAAAUGUGAACCAUGGGAUUUACCAGAUAAAUCGUUUUUGCCAAGCAAAGAUAUGGAGUGGUACUUUUACAGUCCAAGGGAUAGAAAGUACCCUAAUGGAUCAAGAACAAACCGAGCAACACAAGCUGGUUAUUGGAAAGCAACUGGUAAAGAUCGGUCCGUGCACUCUCAUAAGCGAGCAGUUGGCAUGAAGAAAACUUUGGUGUAUUAUAGAGGCAGAGCUCCCCAUGGCAUUAGGAGUAACUGGGUGAUGCAUGAGUAUCGCCUCAUCGACUCAGUGUGUGGCAAUUCUGAAUCAUCAUCAUCUUUGAAGGAAUCUUAUGCAUUAUGUCGAGUUUUCAAGAAAACAUUAAUACAGAUGCCAAAAACCAAAGAAGAGCAAGAACCGAUUUUGAAUUUAGAUCAUAAGAAGGAUUCAGUAGUCUUGGAUGAACAAAUAUUUGGAGACGAUAUCAGUAUUAAUACUGGAGUUGAAACUAAUUCCCGAGGGAGGAGAUCAUCAGAAGUACUGGAGGAUGAGAAUUUCGUUGCCGAGUAUUCCUGCAAGUUCCCCUCAGAUACUUCUUCUUCAGAUCUAACUCAAGGAACGCCUGCUGAAACUGCCAUAGCAGAUGAUUUUCAAGCUCAAUUUGCAUCGGAUGAAGCAAACAGUGCUGCUGAUUUGUGUGCUGUCGGUGUGGAAUGCCCCUCAAAUCCAACUGAUCAGCAGGAUACAUUAUAUGUUCCAAAUUACACAGAAGUACUGGAUUAUAAUUAUCAACUUCCUAAUUACCCUCCCUUGGAACUUGAAGAUUUUCCUCAGAUAAAUUUGACAGAAACGAGGUCAUUGAAGCCUGAAAUCAUCUACGAGUACAUUUCACAUGACAAAUACGGCCGGCCGGACGAUAUGAACGGAACAUUAGAAGAGAUUUUUUCCUUGUGUUCAUCUCAAGAUCAUCACAACUCCUCCAAUAUUAAUGCUCUUUCCAUAUAAGAUCGACCUCUAGUACAUGCACCAACAUAUAGAUCAUCUUCAUGAAUUUCAAAAAUAUUUCAUUUCAAUUCUACAAUUCAUUAAUAUUGACAGUAGUAAUGUAGAACAUGAUUGUGCUCGGUUAAAAUAACCAAAAUCUGGGGGGAU